AGAGCGUGUGUGUGUUGGUCGUGCGCGCGCGCCGCAACGGUGGCCGGACGAGAGACGAACGGCGGGUUUUCCGCCGCGGCCGCAAUCCGUUACCGGGCUGCCGCGCGAACGCAUGCAUGCCACCGUCGUCGUCGUCGUCAUCAUCGCCGGGCCGCCAUGGACACGGUCGGGAAUCUGGAGACGAGAUGGCCGCCGGACAGGAAGUCCACCAUCGAAGCGUCCGAGUUCGGGAUCUACAAGGAGCCGAGCGACGGGAAACGACGUCGGUUGCGCGGGACCGAUCCGGCUACCGGGUGCCUGCUGGUCCUGUCGCUAAUGGCCGCCGCUGCGGUCGUGGUGUACUUCACGUUUUUCGACUACACGAUCCAAACGACGCAGACGGCGGCGACACCCGUCGGCCCAGUUGUGAGCUAUGCGAAGUACGUGAAGGACAAGCAUUGGACGAGCGUCGCGGUCGCGGACGCGGUUGAUCGCGCGGCGGUGGACCGGCCGCUGGCCGCCGUGCCGGGUUCGGAGCGUCCGGAGAGCACGACGGACGAGGCGUCGGACGGGACGGUGGACGACGGCGACCGCGGCAGACGCACGCGGCUGUACCGGCCGCUCAACAAACACGCGCCGUUCACGCCAAAAAGCGUGGUGAACGUGAUGAAGUACGUGACCGGGUCACCACCGCACCACCGGGCGCCGGCGGGCGGCCAAGGCGAGUUCAUGGCGGCGCAGGAGUCGCGGUACGUGGCCAUCCGACCGGCGGAGGAGGUGAACCGGUUCCUGCCGGACGCGGACGCACCGCCGGCCGGCGGUUCGAAGAGGUUCCGCAACAAGUUCGGGCCGCCGGUGUUCCUGACGCCGCCGAUGGUCGCGUUCCCGGACGACUUCAUGAAGCCGCCCAGCCCAGGCGCGCAGUUCUCCACCGACUUCGAGACGGCCGCGGCGGACGUCGUGUUUCACGAGGGCUCGGCCACCGUGCCGCUGCACACGGACGUGGUGUUCCGUCAUCAGCAGCCGACCACCAGCACCGGUUACGCCGUGCCCGACGCACCGGUGGCCGAGGCGGCGGUGCCGAACAAGCCGAAAAACGGCAAGGCGAAGAACAAGAAGCCCAUCAGCAUGGUGGUGGACAUUUACCCGCUGGCGGACCGCGAGCACGAGGACGUUGAACAAGUCGAAGAAUAUGAAGAGGAUCACAGUUCUGAAAUGUUUACCUCACUCAAGAAUAAUAUUCAGCUAUCAGAUGCAGAGAAGUUAUUGCUUCGAUUGAACCUAUUUCCGAAUUUCAGUCAAGAAGGCCGAAGAAUGUCUAUAGGUAAAAAACACGAAAAACUAGAGGAUAAAAAGCCAAUAAUUCAUUUAACGACCAACAAACCAUUAGAAAUAACAUAAAAAAAAUAUAUAUACAGAAGUCUCGUUUGAUUUCUAACACUAAAUUAAAUUAAGAUAAAA